UGAAAUUUCUUCUCUCUACCGCAAAAAUCGAUUUACUCCGAAGGCCAAAACCUUUUGCUGAUCUCGCUCGCAGAUUUUCUGUAAUUCGAUUGAGAAAUAUUUUUGAAGAAUUACCAUAGGAAAAUGAAGAGUUCAUGGGCAGAUGCUGUUGAUAAUGUAGUUACUGGAUCUACUGAUAAUGCUGGGCCUAGUGGUGGGAGUGAACGCCCAUCAGCUCCGACUAAGCCUGCGUAUGUUCCGCCGCACCUUAGGAACAGGCCUCCUGCCUCUGAGCCACCAGCACCAUCACUUGGUGGGCCACCAUUUGGUAAUGAUAGGUCUGGUUAUGGUGGGCCCACCAGUGGCUCCCGGUGGGCUGGUCCUAGGCCUGAUUCUGGCCGCCAGGGAUAUGGUGGUGGUGGUGUUGGUGUUGGUGUUGGUGGUGGCGGUCGUGGAAUUGGUGGUUGGGGCGGCCGUGGUGGUUGGGGUGGUAGGGAUCGGGAGGUCAAUCCUUUUGGUACCGAUGAGGUGGAAACUGAAGCAGAGAAUGUGUUUAACCAGCAGGAGAACACUGGCAUUAACUUUGAUGCUUAUGAGGAUAUUCCGGUGGAGACGAGUGGGGAUAAUGUGCCGCCACCUGUGAAUACAUUUGCAGAUAUAGAUUUGGGGGAUGCACUGAAUUUGAAUAUCCGCAGGUGUAAAUAUGUGAAACCAACUCCUGUUCAAAGGCACGCAAUACCCAUUUCACUAGCAGGACGGGAUUUGAUGGCUUGUGCUCAGACUGGUUCAGGCAAGACAGCCGCAUUUUGCUUCCCGAUCAUUAGUGGAAUUAUGAGGGGUCAGCUUCCUCAAAGACAACGUGGAGUUCGCACUGUUUAUCCACUAGCUCUUAUUCUUGCGCCAACAAGAGAACUCUCAAUACAGAUACAUGAGGAAGCUAAAAAGUUUUCCUACCAAACUGGUGUCAGAGUAGUUGUUGUUUAUGGUGGAGCACCGAUAAAUCAGCAGCUGCGUGAACUUGAGAGGGGAGUUGACAUUCUGGUGGCAACUCCAGGAAGAUUGGUUGAUUUGCUUGAGAGAGCCAAAGUUUCAUUACAAAUGAUAAGAUAUUUGGCUCUUGAUGAGGCGGAUAGAAUGCUGGAUAUGGGUUUUGAGCCCCAAAUCAGAAAGAUAGUGGAACAGAUGGAUAUGCCUCCUCGCGGUGAAAGACAGACCAUGCUGUUUAGUGCCACCUUUCCAAAAGAGAUUCAGAGAAUGGCGUCAGAUUUUCUUGCAAAUUACAUAUUUUUGGCUGUCGGUAGAGUUGGUUCCAGUACAGACUUAAUUGUUCAAAGAGUUGAAUAUGUUCAAGAGAGUGACAAGAGAAGCCAUUUGAUGGAUCUUCUUCAUGCACAGAGGGCAAAUGGAGUUCAAGGAAAGCAAGCUCUUACUUUAGUGUUUGUGGAAACAAAGAAAGGAGCUGACUCUUUAGAGCAUUGGUUAUGUCAUAAUGGUUUUCUUGCUACUACCAUUCAUGGGGAUAGAACACAACAGGAGAGAGAGAUGGCAUUAAGAUCAUUUAAGAGUGGGAAUACACCAAUAUUAGUUGCAACUGACGUGGCAGCUCGUGGUCUUGAUAUCCCGCAUGUUGCUCAUGUGGUCAACUUUGACCUCCCCAAUGACAUUGAUGACUAUGUCCACCGCAUAGGACGUACAGGGCGCGCUGGCAAGUCGGGGUUGGCUACAGCAUUCUUCAACGAGAACAACAUGUCGAUGGCAAGGUCGCUAGCAGAUUUGAUGAAGGAAGCAAAUCAGGAGGUUCCUGAGUGGUUGACUCGGUUUGCAAGUCGAGCUUCAUAUGGAGGUGGUAAAGGCAAGCGUGGUGGAGGCGGGCGUUUUGGUGGUCGUGACUUUAGAAGAGACCCCUCUUUUAACAGGGGUGGCGGCGGCAAUGACUUUUAUGGAGGUGGUGGUGGUUACGGAGGUGGCGGUGGUGGUUAUGGUGGUGGCGGAGGAUACAAUCCUGGGAUGACCAGUGCCUGGGAUUAAUUUCAUAUGUUGAGUAUAUAUCUCCAAAUCUGAUAAUAAUGAUGAUGGUGAUGAUGAUGGUUUUUCACGAUGAAAAAGAAUGUGCUUUUGACUAUUUAAUUUAAAAAGAAAUACUAACUUGUUGUAAUCCAUUUGGGAUUACGGGAGAGAUGUGAUGGUAGCCAGAGUACAUAUAGUUAUUGACUGCUGAAAACUAAACUGGGGGUUAAUAGAUAACCCCUAGUGAAGUUUUAUUUUGUUUUUCUACAUUAUUUCUAUGUUGUUUGUUUGUUUGUUGUAACUGUGGAUGGAUGGAUGGAUGGAUGUUGCUCUGGAUUUACUUUAUUGAAUGUGGAUGUACCAAUAUUUGGCCUAC